CAGCGCAGAGUUCUCGACAUGAGCGACAGUGCAGCCGCCGAAACGGCUCCUCCAGCUUCCGCCAUCACCAAACCCAAGAUUCCCAAGAAGAAGAAGGCGGCGUCUCCCAGGAAAAAACCAGCCGGUCCCGGGUUGGGCGAGCGGAUUGUGAAGAUUGUCGGCGAGAGCAGCGGUCGGAAGGGGACGUCUCUGGCCGCUAUAAAGAAGGCGCUGCAGAGAACCGAGGUCAAUGUGGAGAAGCAAAAUGCACAGAUCAGGGGAGCUAUCAAGAGGUGUCUGGCGAAAGGCUCCCUGGUUAUGGUCAAGGGCCAGGGCGUCUCCGGCUCCUUCAAACUCCCUAAGAAUCCAGUCAAGACAAAAGUGGGAAAGAAGGCGAAACCAGCAGUAUCCGCCAAGAAACCAGCCGUGAAGAAAACAACGGCCAAGAAGGUGACAGCGAAGAAAUCCCCAGCCAAGAAAGCGGCCGUCAAGAAGGCAGCAACGCCGAAAAAAGCGCCAACAAUUGAAACAGGGAAGGGUCUGGCUCCAUCAUGA